UGCAUUAAGGUAUUUCAGCUAACCUGCUUUUCUAAAUGCUUUGCUUUUCCAUUGUUAAAUAAGUUUAUUCAGGGAUGCCUGAAAUAUCAAGACUUGGUGAAUAGAAAACUGAUAGUGAAUAUACUAAGUAUUAGGACAGAGCUCCUGGAUGCUGGUUUACUCCUCGAAUGCCCACAUUGAUGAGGCUGAGCCAAGCUGAAAGUGGGAGCCAGGAACUCAGCCCAGGUCUCCCACAUGGGUGUCAGGAACCCAGUUACUUGAGCCUUCACUGCUACCUUCCUAGUAUGUUAGCGGGAAGCAGGAUGCCCAGAGGAGCAUCCAACUCAGUCACUGAUAGGGAUAUGAGUGUCCUAACUGGCAUUUUAACUGCCAGGCCAAGUGCUUAACCCUCCCUCCCCCCAUAAAUAUUUGUUGAGCAUUUGUUAUGUGCCAGGCACUAUUGUAGCCCUCCCACCAUGGAACUUGAGGAAAGAGAAGAUAUCUGAGUAAGAAAAUGCAGUUUUACAUAGCGAUAAGUGUGAAGAAAAUAUAGCAACCUCGGGGGUUGGAGUAACUGGGAAGGGGGUGUCUAAUUUUGAUAGGGUAAUCAGGGACGACCUCUCUGAGGAGUUGAUGUUUUGCCUGGUGAGCUAAAUGGUAAGAAUGAUGUAAAAGAAUUACUUUAGCUUAAACUGCAGAUGAGAAACCUUGAACUAGGUGUGAACUCGACCUACUCAAGGAAUCCUAAGAAGGCCAUUCUGGCUGGAGCACAGUGAAAGAAGAGUGCUGGGAGGAAACUACUAAAGUUUCUGUGGAAGCAAAGUAGAAUUUCAUAAGAACAUAAUGGAUGGAGAGGAGAAAACGUAUGGUGGCUGUGAAGGCCCUGAUGCCAUGUAUGUCAAGUUGAUAUCUUCUGAUGGUCAUGAAUUUAUUGUAAAAAGAGAACAUGCACUAACAUCAGGAACAAUUAAAGCCAUGUUGAGUGGCCCAGGUCAGUUUGCUGAAAACGAAACCAAUGAGGUCAAUUUUAGAGAGAUCCCUUCACAUGUGCUAUCAAAAGUGUGCAUGUAUUUUACCUACAAGGUUCGCUACACUAACAGCUCCACCGAGAUUCCCGAAUUCCCAAUUGCACCUGAAAUCGCACUGGAACUGCUGAUGGCUGCGAACUUCCUAGAUUGUUAAAUAAAAUAAAUUAUAAUAAACUGUUAACUUUUUCAGUAUUUAAUACCUGUAGUUCAGCUAGUAAUUUUUUCAUAUAUAGCAUGUUGCCUGUAUGCAAUUGAACUAUGAAGUUCAUUGCAAAGCAGAUUAUCUUCUGUUCUUUUGCAUAGCAAUCAGAAUUGAAAUUUGUUUGCUACAUCAACAAAUUAAGGACAUUUUCACAAAAAGAAAUAAACAGAUAUGCCAAUUCAUAGAUGGUUUUACCUUAUCCUUUGGAUGUGACUUUUAAAAUUAGAGCAGUGAUCAUAUAGUUAAUGCUGAACUUUAGGCAUAAAUGAACAUACAGGUAAAAUAAUGGGGCUAAGUAUUUUUAUGUUUUUAGUGUUUUUUUAAAAACCUGUUCUGAUCUUACAGCCUCCAGUAGCAUUACUAGGGUUAUGCAAAUAACGCAUUAUAAAAAUGUAACAUAAACUUAGCCGAAACAUUGAUUUUUAUAACUCAUAUAAGAGUUGAAAUUUCUUAUGUGUCUUUUGAUAAACUGCAGUAUUGUUUAAGUGUACUUUGUCUCUUUGUUUAUUGCUACAAUUUGAGAACUUUAUUUAAAAGCAAUUUGGGGAGGUUACUAGGAAUAGUAACUAUGCAACUGUAGCCAGAUGGUUAACAAGUAAACUACAUGACUUAAGAGUUCUUGUGCGUUGCGCAUUUUGGGAAAUCUAAAGUACUGUACUUUCAUUGAUUAUAAAUCUUCCUUUGCAGUUAUUUUUAUUCUUCUUUUGUAAUCCCUUGUGAUUACGCUUUUGAUUGUUUAAAUGUGUUUUAAAAGACUCAUUAUGAACUUUAUCCAAAUCUUAAAGUUAAGACUCUUCUGAACUACUCCAGUCUUCCUCCAUCCAAUCGAAUGUUAUAAAAUAUGAAAGACACAUGGAAAGAUGUAGUAUACAUCAUAUAAUAUCCUUAGGUAUAGUACAUGAUUUAUCAUCUUAUUAAUUUAUAAAUUAUGUCCCAAUAAAUAUAAUAUCCAUAAUCAGUGAGUUUCCUACUGAAAGCAAACUCAUAGGGAGAUCAUUCAGCUUUUAUAUUAAGCAGAUAAAAAACAUGUGAAAAACCAUGACAUAGUAUCUUUGCUUAGGCAUCGAUACAGAAGCACUGAAGUUGGGUUUAAUAUUGUCUGUAUUUUAGUAGUAGAACAAAGCUGCCUUUAUAGGAUCUAUAAAUGUAAGUCUUGAGCUUAUUUCUUCCAGACUAGCUUAAUAUGGACUGUUUUUUCUGGAAACUGCAAAAACAAUAAACAAAAGUAAUUUUUCCUCUUAGAAAACAUAAACACACUAUCUGGCUUAUUGAAAGCAGUUAAAUAUCAAUUGCAUAUUGUAGAGCAUACUGGUACAUGUUUUAGCAUAGAAGAUUAUGUAUCAAGUUAAUUAUAUUCUGCUAUUUGAUGGCAAAUAAUGCCAAUUAUAAACCAUAAUGAUUUCAAAAAUGAAGGUGAUAGCUGGAAAUAAACCUCAGCUUUGGUUACUUAUGUGUGUGAUCCAGAAGUAACCAUAAGUUUAAGACAAUAAAAUCUGAAACAGACUAGGUAAACCUGUAUAUCUUGCGGCAAAUGGUACUUGCAUGUUAAUAAAGACUAUUGACUGAAAGGAAUGGAUGGAA